AGUGACGUUUGGCGCAAAGCAUGCUGGUCUCAGGCGGGCUCCGCUUGAUGCUACAUUCUCACUCGGCGUAGUUGCGGAUAACGUGGUGUUGCAAGGAGUUGUAACCGGUGUAUUUCCCCUUUGUCAGGAUCAGACAAAAGUUAAGUACCACUCGGCUCGAGGACCGCGUGGAGUACCGUGCGGCUGCAGACAGGACCGGAUCUAGCCAGCUGGCAACCAUGAGUGAAUGGACGAAGAAAGGCCCUUUAGAAUGGCAAGAUUACAUUUACAAAGAAGUCAGAGUGAUAGCCAGUGAGAAGAACGAGUAUAAAGGAUGGGUUUUAACUACAGACCCAGUCUCUGCCAAGUUUUUCCUUUGCAAAUUUGCUCUGAACUUACUUUUCUUCCAAAGUAUUGUCCUCGUGAACUUCCUUGAAGAUGGCAGCAUGUCUGUGACUGGAAUUAUGGGACAUGCUGUGCAGACUGUUGAAAUCGUGAGUGAAGGAGACCACAGAGUGAGAGAGAAGCUGAUGCAUUUGUUCACGUCUGGAGACUGCCAAGCUUACAGCCCUGAGGAUCUGGAGAAGCGGAAGAACAGCCUAAAGAAAUGGCUUGAGAAGAACCACAUCCCCAUCACCGAACAGGGAGAUUCACAAAGCACUCUCUGUGUGGCUGGAGUCCUGACUAUAGAACCACCAUAUGGUCCAGAAAAUUGCAGCAGCUCUAAUGAGAUUAUUCUGUCCCGUGUUCAGGAUCUUAUUCAAGGACAUCUUGCAGCUUCCCAGUGAGAGGCCAAGAACUGUGGACACACUGAUUGAAAUAAACUUCAUUUUUUUCCACUAUGAAAUGCUUUGAAUGUAAAUCCAUUAUAUUACAGGACUUCAAAGGCA